AUGAGUGAAACCGAAGUCAGCAAGCGUCUGCAAUCCUCCUUAAGCACUGACAAGGGGCGAUUCAAUGAGAUCACAGUCCUUUCGCAGAAGGCCAUCAACGAUGGCAUGUCUAAGUUGUUGGAAAGUUAUCCGGAACUAGCUAAGGUCGAGGCUUCAAUGGAGGGUAUUGGCACUCUGAAUGCUACACUACAGAGUAGUCAACUUUCCCUGGACGUCACCGGGCAGCAGAAUGCCGUCUCCAUGUACUACUGUACCUUGGGGUCGGGAACUAUUCAUUUCGGCAUCGGAAACAAAGAUGUUGAAAUAAGCAAUUGGACUAUCGCCUGGACUUGUACUCUUGAUAAGGAGGUAGUUGAUCCAAGCUCUGACGAGUUUAAAGAAGUUCAAACACAAAUCCUGCAACCCGGGGACUACUCAAUCAGUUCCUUGUUCUUUGCUUUCACUAAUGAUCACAUCAUCUUUUUUGACCGUGAACAUAGUACCUUCAACGGCGUUGACUUGACCGAGGACGAAAAGUCCUAUCUAGGCCUGAUUCUCGGCCACUGGUAUGUAGGCGAGGACAGUAAGUGGCUGGACCGCAAGAAGCGCACCCUGGCGUAUGCGUUACAUACGGACAAGCCCCAGACCGUGAACGAGGAGGCGCCAUCCUUUCCUCCAACAUCUCUGAAGCUGCAGACCUACCCUUAUAUUGCCCCAAAUGAAACGAAGCCGGGACAGGGUCUUGGGUCGGUCGGUGAGAACAACAUGCUCCUCUAUCUUCAGAUGACCGACAAUAAACCCUUUCCCGAUGUCCGGAUUUUGGAGUACUCGGGGAAUUACGUCUCCAAGGGCAUGAACGGCACGUUUAUCAUCGACCGGAACAUCAUCUGGGAUAGCUACCUCUUUCGAACUACGGCCCCGAAGCUGCUACAUAUGUUCAACGUUUAUACCUACGCCUGGGUCGCCAGCGCCAGCAAUACGAACCUAUUCGGAGAGCAAUGGUCCAUUGGACUCGGAGACCCGAGCCAUUCAAGCGACGCUAGCUUUUAUGCGUGGAAGCAAGGUGACACGGAUGCUUUGACUUGGAAGUGGGCUCCCUCAAAUGAGGAGCAGGGAUAUCAGCAUACAUACAAGUCCGACGCAGGCUGGAAUAAACUUAACAUUGAUUGUACCACUUCCAAUAUAUUGAGCACCGUUCCCGGAACUGGCAACAUCAAGGCGAGUGGCACUACGGAUGUCACCAUUGUUUGCCAGGCAGUAGCCACAACCUACCCCAUGGUAGCAGAAUACGACUACACCAUCCAUGUUCAAAUUACCUGGCAAACCAAUAUCACCGUCGCCACUAGCGACGGUGGCCUAAAGUUUUCUCUCAAUUUGCCCUCCGAUCUGACCGAGGCCUUUAAGGUGACGGCAGAUCCGCUAAAGUGGCACGGUGAGACUGGAGGCUUUGAUAAGCUAGACGAAGUCAAAACCAUAUAUCAAAACUUUCAGGACCAGCUCGUCAAACAAUUCCAGAAUAUCUCAUUCGGUGAUGCUGAGAAAAGUCUGGAGAGUGAUCUUAAUACCUCGGCCCGGUUCGUGAUCCCGGGUAAGGGCUCGUUGGCAUAUAAAGAUCCGAUUUUCAACAACAAUGGGGACAUGAUGAUCGAGGCCGAUUAUGUGAUCUAA